UCUACAUUUAAAAUAAUAAUGGGACAAAAGGAGAUUUUUUUCCAUCUAAUAUCAACUAUAACUUUCAUUAAUUCCGAAAAUUUCCAAGAAAUUGUAGCUGAAGUGUGCACAAAAGGAUACCUAAGCUGUAGGGUUUCUAUCCAGAUGUUUUUGUUUGUGUGCUUGAUUUUCUUGUUGAAGGCACUGAAUCCCUACAGGACGAGUAUGAAGUAUUUUGCUUUGUAGCUGAAGGAUUUGUAACAUGAAAGGUCUUUAAACAUGAAAUGAGAUCAGUAGUAGGCUCAUGAUUUAAAUUGUUGUUUAAGACAUUAUUUGAUCUGUUUCCUCCAAGGGAGAAAACACAGUGACAGUCUAGAUAGAAUAUGAUAAUACAUUGAUUUUUUUUUUUUUAAGUAUCUAGAUCCCCAUGGCAACUGGACAGAAGUUGAUGAGAGCUAUUAGAGUUUUUGAAUUUGGUGGACCAGAAGUGCUGAAACUCCAAUCAGAUGUUGUACAACCAAUUCCAAAAGACCAUCAGGUUCUAAUAAAAGUCCAUGCCUGUGGUGUAAACCCAGUGGAGACAUAUAUUCGAUCUGGUACUUAUAGUCGGAAACCAAGCUUGCCCUAUACUCCUGGCUCGGAUGUGGCUGGAGUAAUAGAAGCUAUUGGAAAUAAUGUAUCUACUUUCAAGAAAGGUGACAGAGUGUUCACUGUCAGCACAGUCUCUGGGGGCUAUGCAGAGUAUGCUGUUGCAGCCGAAGACAUGGUUUACUCACUGCCAGACAAACUGGACUUGAAGCUAGGAGCGGCCAUCGGUACCCCUUACUUCACUGCAUGCCGAGCUCUGCUCCACAGUGCCCGUGUGAAAGCUGGAGAAACAGUUUUGGUUCAUGGGGCAAGUGGAGGAGUGGGACUAGCAGCAUGUCAAAUUGCGAGAGCUUAUGGCGUAAAGGUCUUGGGCACAGCUGGUACUGAGGAAGGUCGAAACGUUGUCUUGCAAAAUGGAGCCCAUGAAGUAUUUAAUCACAGAGAUAUUAAUCAUAUUGAUGCAAUUAAGAAAUCUGUUGGUGACAAAGGAAUUGAUGUGAUUAUUGAAAUGCUAGCUAAUAUAAAUCUUAGUAAUGAUCUGAAACUUCUAUCUAAUGGAGGACGAGUAAUAAUUGUUGGCAGCAGAGGUCCUAUUGAGAUAAACCCAAGGGACACCAUGGCAAAAGAGUCUAGUAUCAUUGGAGUUGCUCUCUACUCAUCAACCAAGGAGGAAUUUCGGCAGUUUGCGGCAGUUCUUCAAGCUGGAAUGGAAAUUGGUUGGCUGAAACCUGUAAUAGGUUCUCAGUAUCCAUUGGAGAAAGUGGUCGAAGCUCAUGAAAAUAUCAUUCAUGGCAGUGGGGCUACUGGAAAGAUGAUUCUUCUCUUAUAAUGAUUCUUAUAUAUUUGCUCUGGAAUUAGAGUCUCUUCCCCCAGUUUUACUUAUAGUAUUUUUAUUUUAAUUAAUAUUCAUUUGGAUCACCACUUUUCUUAUAUUAGAAGGCAAGGCUUUUCUUUAGAGAUCAUGGACUGUGGAAUAAAAUUGAAUUUGAUAGCCUAUAAUAUCUUUAUAUCUUCUACCUUUAACCAAGGAGUCAUCAUCAUUGGAAAUUGAGUAUUAUGAUUACUUGGCAUUUAUGUAUAAUCCAGGAAUUCUGAACUGACACUUGAUGAUUCAUUUUAGACCUUUAUCUAAAAUAUGCUAAUGCAAAUAAAGAUUCCUGUGCCUGCUUAUCCUUA